GACACGGGUGACACGAACUGGUAGCAGUUAUGGGCGGCGACCGCUAACUGGAGAGAGAAGGGGGGAUGUUUUACUAGCCUACUGACCAGGAUUAUCUUCUGUUGCUGAACGUGAGUGAAUCUUGUCAUGGUUAGUUUGCCAACUGUUACUAUCGUAUGCAGUUUAGAUAAUGUGAUAUAGUUUUCACACAAAAGAAUGAAUGUCAUUUUAGAAACCAACCCGACCAUGCACAUUUAAGUCAGCUUGAGUGUGUACAGGAUUGUGUACACACUAACACAGGCAAGAGGUCUCCUCACAGUUUGAACAUGGGUGGUUUAGGUUAAUACUCGAAUGCAUCGCUGGGUCACGGGGUCUCAUUUUAAACAGAAGUGAAGUUUGUAUUUGAAGGAUGGCCUCAUUCCGUCUUGACCAGUGGAUCGGUUGGCUUGGCCUUUUAGGUUCAUUCUUGGUGAAGUAGCGAUUGCCAUCAGCUGCUCUUCAAUUAUCAUCAUUACGCAACAACAACCUUUCAACAAUUAAACUACGGCACUGUCAAAAUAGUAAAUGCUGUCAAGACAGUAAAUGCUGUCAAGACAGUAAAUGCUGUCAAGACAGUAAUUGCUGUCAAGACAGUAAAUGCUGUCAAGACAGAAAAUGCUGUCAAGAUAGUAAAUGGUGUCCGUUUUUUUUAAAUACUUUUUAUAGAGUUAAUGUUUGGUGAGCUUCAGCGUUCAAAUUUUCCUUUCGUUCCACAAAUAAUCGUUUUUUGUUGUUUUUUUUUUAAAUCAGAAAUUUUUUAAAAUACACAUUUGUACAAAAGCAAGUGGGUAGUCUUUAACAUAUAGCACAAAGACUUCAAAUUAAAAGUAUAUUAAACCCAUCUAUAUGACGUACAUAACAUCUAUGGGAGUAUAUAACAUCUAUGGGCAGCAAGGUCGUCCUGGGUCUCGUUUGUAUGUGGUUGUACAUAUAUAAUAGAGCAUUAUCCUUUGUAUGUGAUCGUAUAUAUAUAGUAGUACAUUAUCCUUUGUAUGUGGUCCUACAUAAAUAGUAGAGCAUAAUUCUUUGUACGUAUUCGUACAUAUAUAGUAGAACAUUAUCCUUUGUAUGUGGUCGUACAUAUAUAUAGUAGAACAUUAUCCUUUGUAUGUGGUGGUACAUAUAUAUAGUAGAACAUUAUCCUUUGUAUGUGGUGGUACAUAUAUAUAGUAGAACAUUAUCCUUUGUAUGUGGUGGUACAUAUAUAUAUAGUAGAACAUUAUCCUUUGUAUGUGGUGGUACAUAUAUAUAGUAGAACAUUAUCCUUUGUAUGUGGUGGUACAUAUAUAUAGUAGAACAUUAUCCUUUGUAUGUGGUGGUACAUAUAUAUAGUAGAACAUUAUCUUUUGUAUGUGGUGGUACAUAUAUAUAGUCGAACAUUAUCCUUUGUAUGUGGUGGUACAUAUAUAUAGAAGAACAUUAUCUUUUGUAUGUGGUGGUACAUAUAUAUAGUAGAACAUUAUCUUUUGUAUGUGGUGGUACAUAUAUAUAGUAGAACAUUAUCUUUUGUAUGUGUGGUGGUACAUAUAUAUAGUAGAACAUUAUCUUUUGUAUGUGGUGGUACAUAUAUAGUGUCACCUUCUCCCUUCGUCUAGAUGUUGGUGGGUUGGAGGGGCGAGGGCGUCGCAGUUCAUAAUUGACGUUCUGUUCGGGGGAGGGGGGGGGGAGGAGGGGGGGGCUGUCUCUAUUUUGGGACAAUGUAUUAUGAGAGUGUCUUAAUGACGUGACAAGUUUGUGACUGUUUGGUAUGGGGUCCAAAAUUUACCAGAAUUAGCGUUAUGUCAUUUAUUAAUGGCCUCCUGGACAAAAGCUGUGUUAAGUUGUAUAUAGAGAUGAAAUCAUAUGUUUCUGUGUUAAGUUGUAUAUAGAGAUAAGUUGUAUAUAGAGAUGAAAUCAUAUGUUUCUGUGUUAAGUUGUAUAUAGAGAUGGAAUCAUAUUUUUUUCUGUUUCAAGUUGUGUCAAGAGAUGGAAUCACAUGUUUGUAUGUUAAGUUGUAUAUAGAGAUGAAAUCAUAUGUUUCUGUGUUAAGUUGUAUAUAGAGAUGGAAUAAUAUGUUUCUGUGUUAAGAUGUAUAUAGAGAUGGAAUCAUAUGUUUCUGUGUUAAGUUGUAUAUAGAGAUGGAAUCAUAUGUUUCUGUGUUAAAUUAUAUAUAGAGAUGGAAUCAUAUGUUUCUGUGUUAAGUUGUACCUAAAGAUGGAAUCAUAUUUUUCUUAAGUUGUAUCCAGAGAUGGAAUCAUAUGUUUCUGUGUUAAGUUGUGUUUAGAGACGAAAUCACAUGUUUCUGUGUUAAGUUGUAUCUGGAGAUGGAAUCAUAUGUUUCUGUGUUAAGUUGUGUAUAGAAAUGGAAUCAUAUGUUUCUGUGUUAAGUUGUGUCUAGAGAUGGAAUCAUAUGUUUGUGUGUUAAUUUGUAUCUAGAUAUGAAAUCAUAUGUUUCUGUGUUAAAUUAUGUCUUGACACGGAAUCAUAUGUUUCUGUGUUAUUUUGUAUCUAGAGACGGAAUCAUAUGUUUCUGUGUUAAGUUGUAUAUAGAGAUGGAAUCAUAUGUUUCUGUGUUAAUUUGUAUCUAGAGGUGGAAUCAUAUUUUUCUGUGUUAAGUUGUAUCUAGAGAUGGAAUCAUGUUUCUGUGUUAAGUUUUAUUUAGAGAUGGAAUCAUAUGUUUCUGUGUUAAGUUUUAUCUAGAGAUGGAAUCAUAUGUUUCUGUAUUAAGUUGUAUCUGGAGAUGGAAUCAUAUGUUUCUGUGUUAAGUUGUAUAUAGAGAUGGAAUCAUAUGUUUCUGUGUUAAUUUGUAUCUAGAGGUGGAAUCAUAUUUUUCUGUGUUAAGUUGUAUCUAGAGAUGGAAUCAUGUUUCUGUGUUAAGUUUUAUUUAGAGAUGGAAUCAUAUGUUUCUGUGUUAAGUUUUAUCUAGAGAUGGAAUCAUAUGUUUCUGUAUUAAGUUGUAUCUGGAGAUGGAAUCAUAUGUUUUUGUGUUAAGUUGUGUAUAGAGAGAAAAUCAUAUGUUUAUACAUUAAGUUGUGUAUUGAGAUGGAAUCAUACGUUUCUGCAUUAAGUUGUAUCUAGAGACGGAAUCAUAUGUUUCUAUGUUAAGUUGUAUCUAGAGACAGAAUCAAAUUUUUCUGUGUUAAGUUUAUCUAGAGAUGGAAUCAUAUAUUUAUGUGUCAAGUUGUAUCUGGAGAUGGAAUCAUAUGUUUAUGUGUUAAGUUAUAUCUAGAGAUGGAAUCAUAUUUUUCUGUGUCAAUUUGUAUCUUGAGAUGGAAUCAUAUGUUUCUGUUUUAAGUUGUAUAUAGAGAUGGAAUCAUAUGUUUCUGUGUUAAGUUGUAUAUAGAGAUGGAAUCAUUUGUUUCUGUUUUAGUUGUGUCUAUAGACGGAAUCACAUGCUUCUGUGUUAAGUUUUAUUUAGGGGUGGAAUUUUUCUAUUUUUAAAAUCGUAUAUUGUCCAACUGUUUAUUUCCCGGCUUAAAUUCGCUACCAAAUAACCACUGGUUCAUCCAUCUGACUCAUCCAUCUGAAUAUCUAAUUGACACAAUCCAUUCCAUGACGUCUACCUUCGGUCCUGAUUGCCCACCAACGGGUGUAACCUCAGAUUGCACACCAACGGGUGUAACCUCAGAUUGCACACCGACGGGUGUAACCUCAGAUUGCACACCAACGGGUGUAACCUCAGAUUGCACACCAACGGGUGUAACUCCAGAUGUUAAGCGCUCUGGUCAGGUGGAGAAAUGGAUCGAGAUAUUGCAGGUUCUUGUAUAAACAUGGUUGUUGAAUUACCACGUGACACAAUGUCUUAUGUCAUGUAUUAGUUUGUUUUUUUUAAAUUUAUAUGUUAUUCCUUUACAACAUAAUACAUCUGUGUCCAUCUGAUAGAAGUAAAUCGAAACACAUACCAUUUGCCCGUGUCUGUCCGACAUGCUCUUCACGGCCGUUUCGUUGCACUAAAUGAUACGAGUUUCCAAGUAAUUCUGAAUUCCACUAUAACAUUAACAGGCUUGUAUUUUCUUAUUUUUUGGGGGGAGGUAUGAGGGUGGGGGCUGGGGGAGGAUUAUGUACGUAUUUCAUAUACUCAAUGCAGUGGCGUAGCAAUGGGGGCAUGAAGGGGGCUGUCCGCCUUGUGGGACACUUUUUUUUCUUUUGAUGGAAGGAUGGCAUUUUCAGCGAAAUUAUGAAUUUUCUUCGUAGAAGUGGGGUGGCAAACAUUGGGCCUGACCUUGGUGGCAAAAACUGGGCCUGCCCCUGGUGGCAAACACUGGACCUGUCCCUGGUGGCAAACACUAGGCCUACCCUUGGUGGCAAACACUGGGCCUGACCCUGGUUGCAAACACUGGGCUCGCUCCUGGUGGCAAACACUGGGCCUGACCCGGGUGGCAAACACUGGGCCUGACCCUGGUGGCAAACACUGGGCUGCCCUAGGUGGCAAACACUGGGCCUGACGCGGGUGGCAAACACUGGGCCUGCCCCGGGUGGCAAACACUUGACCUUCCCCUGGUGACAAACACUGGGCCUAAACUUGGUGGCAAACACUGGGCCUGACCUUGGUGGCAAACACUGGGCCUGACCCUGGUGGCAAACACUGGGCCUGCCCCUGGUGGCAAACACUGGGCCUGACCCUGGUGGCAAACACUGGGCCUGCCCCUGGUGACAAACACUGGGCCUGACCCGGGUGGUAAUAACCCUAGCUACGCCACUGACUGAAUUUAUUUGGUCCGGAUCCUUCAUAUAUAUCAUCUACGGGAGUAACCUCUCAAUCCAACAGUUCUUUUCCUACAUCAACCCAAGUGUGCCCCCCCCCCUCUUUUUCUCGGUGCGUACCAUUGGUGUGGCAAGACGCGUGCCAGGGGCGGAACUUGGAGUGUGGCGCAAAUCGGUGAGCCGACACAAAAGUCGAAAAAAAAAGAAUUAAAAUAACAAAAACUCUUCGGUAAUGAGAGAAAAAAAAUAGGACUAUUUAUGUUAAUCAUGAUUUGAUUCUUUGUUGCUUAAUCCUAAAAUAGGUUUCUCAUCUUGAUAGGGUCGUAGGUUUAGUUUUUGUCGUAGAUACCAAUGCUCUCUGGAGAUGCCAUUUCUCCUCUGUGGAUGCGAUUUGUCCUCUGUGGAUGCCAGAGUUUUCGCAUUCUUAAAAUAAAAGUUCAUCUUCGCGUAAACACGAUCACGUCAUAUCAGAAUUUACUUUUUAGCGGGGCGCAUUUGUGUAAAGACUGUCAAGUUAUAAGUUUGUAUUACAGUUGUGUAUAUUUGGGGCCUCUGAAUACUACGUGACCUGGGUCAAAUAUUAACAACGAUCUUCUGUUUACGUGGAUGGUUUAACAAUGAGAUUUUCUAUUUAAAUGGGUGAUUACACAAUAAGAAAGCAUUGUAAAACUCUAAUAACUGGCUUUUUUAUUUGUUUAUCAAAUUCCAAAGAGAAUUGUAGAAAUUAGAACUCAAGAUGGAAUGCUUAAUGAGGAAAAAACACAUAUCAUGACCUGUUCUGAAAUCCCGGUAGUUGAACCCCCUGAGAUGCCACAUCGUACCCCAUGUUGGGAAUCCCUGCUUUCAUGCCUUUCUGCUUCUUAUGAAACAUGAUGUAAUAUAACACAACGCUUGAUCAUUAUAGUAUAUGUGUAUUGAAUCCAUGGGGUGUGUUGAGAUUCACCAUCUAUCCAUGUAUCCUCGUGUGGCCCUACGGUGGUUUGAGAUGCUGUGUUAUAUAGAGUGCCCUACCCAGCCCUUACCAGCACAGGCUCUCAGCCACUCAGACUAUUUUGAGUCGUUACACCAUUUAUAGAUGCAAAUUUAUUUGUCACAGAGGUGUGUAUAAGCUGUGACUAUCCACUCUCAUAGAGAUGUGCAUAAGCUGUGACUAUCCACUCUCCUAGAGGUGUGUAGAAGCCAAUGGAAGUAUUAGGAUAUUAUUCCAACAGUAAAAAGCCGAUUUGCGAUGAGAAUUGAUUUAAAAUCAUUAUUUUUUAAGUAUACUAUUCCAACCGGCGACUCCACAGAAAACCUUUCCCGGCUCAAAAGGUUGGGAACUAAGGAACUCGGGCCAUCAAAAGAAGUAUAUGUACAGACAUAUAUAUAUAUAUAUAUAUAUAUAUAUAUAUAUAUAUAUAUAUAUAUAUAUAUUUGUUUUUUUGUUUUUUUAUGUAUAUAAAAAUAUAUAUAUAUAUAUAUAUAUAUAUAUGGUUGUUUUGUUGUUUUUAUGAGUAUACAAAACAUCAAAACAUGUGUUAGUUAUAUACGUAAACAAUGGAUUGUUAAGUGUGGAGACAACGCAAUUGCAGUUAGAAAUUAACGCAAAACGCCUUCCUUUAUUUUCCUGGUAACAUCGGGUCAUAUCUUCUAGUAUAAAAGAAGAGUCAUCGGAGGUAAUGCAAAAACCAAGCCCACUUUUCAAGUCCGCCAACUCUCCCAUAAUUGAUGCUAGGUAAACAAGGGGAAAUCAUCCACGGGGCGUUGACUAAAAGAAAUAUUUGUAAUUGGACCAGCGUUCUGACAGCUUGUUGUACACGUGAUAUAUAAUCAAACAGCCGGGCCCGGUAACAACAUCACACGGGUGCUCACCCUUUAAUAAAACCGUGCAGCAAGAGUUGCGUUUCUAUUCCUUUUAAUUAAUUUGAUCAUGUUUUCAGUUCCCUCCCAUAAAAUCAUGGUACAUAAUUCAAUGGAGACACUGAAGCACACACUGGUGAAAUUUACUCACAUAAUUUGUCAGUAAAAAUACUAGUAGUAUUGUAGUGUUGACCCGGGAGGGGGAGGGGUGGGUUAAGUAAUUAAUACUUUGGAAGUGUGAGUGGGGCUCUUUUUGGGUCUGUGAGAGAGGCUCUUUGAGGGGGGGGGUUGAGAGGGGCUCUUUUGGGGGUGUGAGAAAGGCUCUGGGGGUUAGAAUUAUUUUGGGGGAGUGAGAGGCUCUUUUGGGGGUAUGAGAAAGGCUCUGGGGUGAGAAUUCUUUUGGGGGUGUGAGAAAGUCUCUGUGGGAUUAGAAUUCUUUUGUGGGUGUGAGAAAGGCUCUGUGGGUUAGAAUUCUUUUGUGGGUGUGAGAAAGGAUCUGUGGGAUUAGAAUUCUUUUGUGAGUGUGAGAAAGGCUCUAUGCGGUUAGAAUUCUUUUGUGGGUGUGAGAAAGGCUCUGUGGGUUAGAAUUCUUUUGUGGGUGUGAGAAAGGCUCUGGGUGUGAGAAUUCUUUUGGGGAUGUGAGAAAGGCUCUGGGGGUUAUCAUUCUUUUCGGGGUGUGAGAAAGACUCUUGGGGGUAAGAAUUAUUUUGGGGUGUGAGAAAGGCUCUGGGGUGAGAAUUCUUUUGCGGGUGUGAGAAACGCUCUUUUUGGGUAUUAGAGAGGUUCUUUUUGUGUAAAUCUUUCCUAUUAUUUUUACCCAACAUCCAGUUUUUUUUUUAUAAAAAGACGGCACUUCUCUAUAUUCAAUGUAUUGUACAAGGUACAAAUCAUGUGUAAAUUUGUUUUGCACAAGUUAUAAAUUAUGUGUACAAGGUACAAAUUGUGUGUACAUCAGUAUUGUACAUGGCAUAAACCAUGUGUACAUAAGUAUGGUACAAUGCAAAAAUCAUCUGUACAUUAGUAUUGUACCAGGUGCAAAUGGCAUUCUCAUCAGUGUUGUUUUAUUGUAUGACAUCCUCACCAGUGUUGUUUUAUUGUAUGACAUUCUCACCAGUGUUGUUCUAUUGUAUUACAUUCUCACCAGUGUUGUUUUAUUGUAUGACUUUCUCACCAGUGUUGUUCUAUUGUAUUACAUCCUCACCAGUGUUGUUCUAUUGUAUUACAUUCUCACCAGUGUUGUUCUAUUGUAUUACAUUCUCACCAGUGUUGUUUUAUUGUAUGACAUUCUCACCAGUGUUGCUCCAUUGUAUUACAUUCUCAUCAUUGUUAUUUUAUUGUAUGACAUUCUCACCAGUAUUGUUUUAUUGUAUGACAUUCUCAUCAUUGUUAUUUUAUUAUAUGAAAUUUUCACCAGUCUUGUUUUAUUGUAUGACAUUCUCACCAGUGUUGUUUUAUUGUAUGACAUUCUCACCAGUGUUGUUUUAUUGUAUGACAUUCUCACCAGUAUUGUUUUAUUUUAUGACAUUCUCAUCAUUUUUAUUUUAUUGUAUGACAUUCUCACCAGUGUUGUUUUAUUGUAUGACAUCCUCACCAGUGUUGUUUUCUUGUAUGACAUUCUCACCAGUGUUUUUCUAUUGUAUUACAUUCUCACCAGUGUUGUUUUAUCGUAUGACAUUCUCACCAGUGUUGUUCUAUUGUAUUACAUCCUCACCAGUGUUGUUCUAUUGUAUUACAUUCUCACCAGUGUUGUUUCAUUGUAUGACAUUCUCACCAGUGUUGUUCUAUUGUAUUACAUUCUCACCAGUGUUGUUUUAUUGUAUGACAUUCUCACCAGUGUUGUUCUAUUGUAUUACAUUCUCAUCAUUGUUGUUUUAUUGUAUGACAUUCUCAUCAUUGUUGUUUUAUUGUAUGACAUUCUCAUCAUUGUUGUUUUAUUGUAUGACAUUCUCAUCAUUGUUGAAUGUCUCCUCAUUACGACCGAACAAGUCAGCAAGCAUGAAUCACAAACGCUGAUAUUUCACGUCUUUUUCUUUCCCCAUUUUAAACACUUUUGUACAAAUAUUUUAGCUUCACACAGUUUUCCUAUUUUCUAUUACGGGUAAGUGGUUUUUUAUUAAGUUUUUAAGGACUGCGCGUAUAUUCAUGGCAACUGCUUGGUGGUCUCCUAUGCAUAGGUCAUCCCAUCCACUGCUUGGUGGCGUCCUAUGUAUAGGUCAUCCCAUCCACUGCUUGGUGGUCUCCUAUGCAUAGGUCAUCCCAUCCACUGCUUGGUGGCCUCCUAUGUAUAGGUUAUCCCAUCCACUGCUUGGUGGUCUCCUAUGUAUAGGUCAUCCCAUCCACUGCUUGGUGGCCUCCUAUGUAUAGGUCAUCCCAUCCACGGCUUGGUGGUCUCCUAUGCAUAGGUCAUCCCAUCCACUGCUUGGUGGCCUCCUAUGUAUAGGUCAUCCCAUCCACUGCUUGGUGGUCUCCUAUGUAUAGGUCAUCCCAUCCACUGCUUGGUGGUCUCCUAUGCAUAGGUCAUCCCAUCCACUGCUUGGUGGCCUCCUAUGUAUAGGUCAUCCCAUCCACUGCUUGGUGGCCUCCUAUGUAUAGGUCAUCCCAUCCACUGCUUGGUGGUCUCCUAUGUAUAGGUCAUCCCAUCCACUGCAUGGUGGCCUCCUAUGUAUAGGUCAUCCCAUCCACUGCUUGGUGGUCUCCUAUGUAUAGGUCAUCCCAUCCACUGCUUGGUGGUCUCCCAUGCAUAGGUCAUCCCAUCCCCUGUUGCAUGUUCUCCUAUGUACAGGUCAUCCCAUCCCCUGUUGGGUGGUCUCCUAUGCAUAAAUUACCCCCUUCUCUACCCCCAAAAAAAAUUCAAAAUUCAACAUCUUCUUUGACAUAGAUCUGACACGAUUUAACAUAAAAGAGACAAGUUGAUAUUUAGACGAUGCUUUUUAUGUGAAAUCUCUAGUGCAGCGGUUCUCAAAAUGUGGGUCGCCACCCCUUUAGAGGUCGAACGACCCUUGCACAGAGGUCGCCUAAGACCAUCGGAAAACACAUAUAUUAAUGAAGUAGCAGCGAAAAUAAUUUUAUGGUUUGGGGUCACCACAACAUGAGGAACUUUUUAAAGGGUUGCGGAAUUAGGAAAGUUGAGAACCACUGCUCUAGAGUACAAAAAAAGUGGGGGGGGGGGGUUGCGCAGACAUCCUCCCUUUGUAAUUAAUCAUGCGAAGCCAUUGAACAUACUGUUAAAUAAAUGCUGCAACAUUCCAUCUAAUUUAGUUCCAGCUCGCAUCUCUUCCAACUUCCAACCUUAAAAACCCACUUCCUUAGCUUUUAAUUAAUGGAGAAUACCCCCCCCCAACCCCCUCCAACAAAACAUUCUUUGUGUUCAUAGGCGUACUGCGCGGGUUCAUUGCAAGACGCUCACUGAGAUCAGAGGCGUGUCGUAGGUGAGGCGAGACACGGCCCGUGCAUGGGCGCCACUAUUCUGGUAAAGGAAUAUAUUUAUUAAAAAUAUGUCGACAACUAGCUAAGUAUCACUUAAUUCUACUUUUUGCUCUGGAACUUAGUGUAACACAUAGAAUUCUAAAGCGUAAACUCCAUAGGGGAGCGAUUUUGCUUCUUGCCAUUGGUCCCAAAUGGACGUGGUACGCCCCUGACUAGGUUUGAAGAAUUUAGAAAACGAAUUUUUUAAAGUAACAUUUUAUUUUGAAUGCAUUAAUAAAAUGAAAUCUUUUGACCUCCAAAUGAUUUUUGGUAAAUUUGGAGAGAUGUCGGUCACAUGGCCGCCAUCUUGUUUGACACGACCAGUUAAUUCUGUCACUAAAACUAAACUAAAUGUAUCCCUCAAACUAACCCGAACCCUAAUUGUAUCCCUCAAAUUAACUUGAACCCUAAUUCACUGUUAACUAUAAUAAACACGCAAAUGACGUCAUGGCGACAAAUGAGCCUGAUUUUUUUAGAAGGGGAUUCCCCUUAAUGACGCACGGCAAUCUCAGCUGUCAUUUUCAACUGCUGAAAUUAAUUUUUGUCAUUUACUUUGAGAACACGUUACACCACGCGCAGGGCAUUCACGUGCUGAUCUAGCUACCAGUGAGGCUCCUGUUGAAAGAGGGGCUAAUGGCACCUGGAAUGAGGCUGGACAUUAGCCAAGGGUGCGCGUGGAUUUAAUCAUUAAUUAGGCUCGAGGUUCCGUGUCUACAGUGGGUAAAAUCUGUUCAACUUUAAUGAACAGAAGUUAGGGGUGUACCCGUUUAUAAAGUUAAGUCUUAGGUUGUGUUUAAAGUUGUAAUUUUAAGAAUACGGUGUUGACCAUCGGAGGGAUUCUCCAGCUAAGACAUGAGAGGGAGUCGCCAGUUUAGACCAUCAGAUGGAGUCUCCACAUUUGAAUGAGGUCAAGUAAGGUUGUUUUUUUUCAUAAUGAGUUCUUAAGUUUUGAAAUCGUUUCUAUGAGACAUAAUCUCAAAGAAAAAAAAUCAGAGCUUUUCGAUUCAACAUGGGACACGGCACGUAAAACAUGGGACACGUCACUUAAUACAUGGGACACGGCACGUAAAACAUGGGACACGUCAAUGUAAUACAUGAGACACGUCACGUAAAACAUGGGACACGUCUUUUCAAACAUGGGACACGUCAGGUCAAACAUGGGACACGUCAUGUCAAACAUGGGGACACGUCAUGUCAAACAUGGUACACGUCACGUCAAACAUGGGACAUGUCACGUCAAACAUGGUACACGUCACGUCAAACAUGGUACACGUCACGUCAAACAUGGGACACGUCACGUCAAACAUGGGUCACGUCACGUUAAACAUAGUACACGUCACGUCAAACAUGGGACACGUCACGUCAAACAUGGGACACGUCACGUCAAACAUGGGUCACGUCAAACAUAGGACACGUCACGUCAAACAUGGGACACGUCACGUCAAACAUGGGACACGUCACGUAAAACAUGGGAAACAUGGGUCACGUCAAACAUAGGACACGUCACGUCAAACAUGGGACACGUCACGUCAAACAUGGGACACGUCACGUAAAACAUGGGACACGUCACGUCAAACAUGGGACACGUCACGUCAAACAUGGGACAUGUCACGUCAAACAUGGUACACGUUACGUCAAACAUGGGACACGUCACGUCAAACAUGGUACACGUCACGUCAAACAUGGUACACGUCACGUCAAACAUGGGACACGUCACGUCAAACAUGGGACACGGCACGUCAAACGUGGGACACGUCACGUCAAACAUGGGACCCGUCAUGUCAAACAUGAUACAUUUAGAAAUGAGUUUUUAGCGUCACAAUUUGACCUGACACGGUGUGUCAAGAGAUCGGAAUAAGUGUUAAAGGUGUCCGAAUAAUGUGUACAUGUUAUACACUCAGACCCAAAACGUCAGAAACUGUUCACAAUAUAUGUUGUUGUUUUUAAAAUUGUUCUGGCAUCACCUCUCUAGAGCUUUGGAGUUGCCACAAACUCCAUCUGACUGUCAUGGACGAUGCAAGUGUGUCACAUGACACGUGUAUUGAUACAUCCACCCACUGGUCGCCUGUCUUAGCGGUGCGACGUCAGAUCUUAACCACGUGUAUUUUACCUGGCUGAUGGCUUCUCUCGGAAUCUACCCCUGUCCUCUUCUUACAGAGUGCCACCUACUUAAUACGUCCCCACCCCCCACCCCCCACCCCACGGGUCAAUCAGACACUUGCCUUUAUAGGCACUCAACCUCUUGGGUCGGCCAGACCCGUUGCUCAAUUAAUUGGGCACCUCACGCAACGUCAAAUGCCACGGUGAUUUGACCUGUGACUUUGGGACCUGUCAGAUCAUUGACCUCAUUGGGGCAAUGGGUGUUCGAGAAGACUUAUCCCCUCUUGCCCCCCACUUGUCCUGGAAUGACGUCUUAAGCUGUCGCCAUAAGUAGGUCUUCUGCGCAUACUCUUGACUGACGUGAUGCCCUCGAGAUGAUAUUGCUGGGGAGAUAGUCGAGGAACGUGUAUCUGUUGUUUAAGGAGUUCAAGAGUAUGACAACGGCACCCUGACUGGUGAACAUUGAAGAAAUUACACGUGAACGCAUUCGUGUCUCAAGUGGCGAAGAGGGAUGUGGGGGGGGGGGGGGGGGGGGACGACACCUAGGAAAGCAUUAGCGGUGCACAUUAUAUUAGCAGUGCACAUUAAAGGAGUUCAAGAGUAUGACAACGGCACCCUGACUGGUGAACAUUGAAGAAAUUACACGUGAACGCAUUCGUGUCUCAAGUGGCGAAGAGGGAUGUGGGGGGGGGGGCGGGGGGGACGACACCUAGGAAAGCAUUAGCGGUGCACAUUAUAUUAGCAGUGCACAUUAUAUCAGCAGUGCACAUUAUAUUAGUGGUGUACAUUAUAUUAGCGGUGCACAUUAUAUUAGCGGUGCACAUUAUAUUAGCAGUGCACAUUAUAUUAGCGGUGUACAUUAUAUUAGCAGUGUACAUUAUAUUAGUAUAUACAUUAUAUUAGCAGUGAACAUUAUAUUAGCGGUGUACGUUAUAUUAGCGGUGUACAUUAUCUUAGCGGUGUACAUUAUAUUAGCAGUGUACAUUAUAUUAGCGGUGUACAUUAUAUUAGCGGUGUACAUUAUAUUAGCGGUGUACAUUAUGUUAGCGGUGUACAUUAUAUUAGCAGUGUACAUUAUAUUAGUGGUGUACAUUAUAUUAGUGGUAAAAAUUAUAUUAGUGGUGUACAUUAUAUUAGCUGUGUACAUUAUAUUAGCAGUGUACAUUAUAUUAGCAGUGUACAUUAUAUUUGCAGUGUACAUUAUAUUAGUGGUGUGCAUUAUAUUAGCGGUGUACAUAAUAUUAUUGGUGUACAUUUUAUUAUUGGUGAACACUAUAUUAGCAGUGUACAUUAUAUUAGCGGUGUACUCAAGAUUAUAGAUUUAUAUUAGAUUAGUUGUGUACAAUAGAUUAUUGGUCCACGUGAGAUAAAAGUGUAGAUCAGACUCCUGGUGCACAUUCUUGUACCGUACCAAACGAAAACUGCCUUCUCAUUGUUUUAAUUUAAGCCUACUACCUUUGACGGGACACUUAAGAUAUAUUUAUGUUGGCACCCCUUUACCUGCAUUAUUAUGGCACCUUACUACCUGCAUUAUGGCAACCUAGUACUAAAUUAUGGCAUCCCACCUGCAUUAUGGCACCCAUUACUAGAUUAUGGCACCCCCACCUGCAUUAUGGCACCCUACUACCUGCAUUAUGGAACCCGACUACCUGCAUUAUGGCACCCUACUACCUGCAUUAUGGCACUCUACUACCUGCAUUAUGGCACCCUACUACCUGCAUUAUGGCACUCUACUACCUGCAUUAUGGCACCCCACCUGCAAUAUGACACCCUACUACCUGCAUCAUGGCACCUCAGUACUAAAUUAUGACGCCCUACUACCUGCAAUAUGGCACCCUAAUACCUGCAUUAUGGCACCCCCACCUGCAAUAUGGCACCCUACUACCUGCAUCAUGGCACCUCAGUACUAGAUUAUGGCACCCCACUACCUGCAUCAUGGCACCCCAGUACUAGAUUAUGACACCCUACUACCUGCAUUAUUGCACCCCACUACCUGAACGAAUGGCAACCUACCACCCAUAGCGUACGACCCGUCCCCUGGGGAACAUCUACCUGACGUUGACUAUUCCAGGUAUGCUUGCCAUCCAUCAGUAGUAUGUACCUAUGAGACCGCGCGCGCGGCAUGUGUGUGCCGUGCAGGCGAGAGCUUGUGUGACCAGAUUACAAUGGCGCUGUAGACUUUGUCGGCUAGAUUGGUUUUAUUCACACUCACCCGCUCACCGGAUCACCAGCUUGUCAUGGAGCACUCACCACAAGCCGCACUCCGCCCACAUUCCAGCCACACGUACAUGUAGCCUCAUGAUGAGAUCCUCGUGUGGUUUGCCAACGCUUUGGGCUGAUGCUAGGCACAAACAAAUUUGUAUGAUAAAAUUGCAUAAAAAAUUUUAGUGUAAUGCUUGUCUAUAAAAGUUCACUUUAAAGGGGUUGUUAAUAAAAAGUUAAAUGUAAAAGAUACAAUGUUUGUGUAUAAACGUUCAGUUUAAAAGGGUUCCACUACCAGAAUGAAUUUAUGUUUAUGCAUGGCGGGAACGACGAAGUCAGAGCAGGCCCUGGGCGUCAAAAUGCCUAACUUCGGUGCAGAUAGACGCACUGCACCCCCCUCCACUUAAACGCCAAUCUGGACCAUAAGCGGCGUCACGGCGAACUAGUCACAUGAUUUUGGCGCCCCUGUCUGUGUGAAGUACAUAUGGUUUUAUCGUUUAAUUCCCUAUUAAGGGCUUAUCAUAAGACGAUUUCGGCACCCCAUCGUCUUGGCGCCCGGGGUGAUUGGGUCUCUCGCACCCUCCUUCGCCUCGGCCCUUCGUAUAUUAAUUUGCCAUAUGUGCAACCAUACAUCCAUAUACCCCUUAAAUCGCUCGAACACACACACUCGUCAUUUAUUUCCUUCUGCUCUCUUAUAAACUUCCGCUAAUGUUAUUUAUUUAUUUAUUGCCUCUUAACGCUCGCAUCUCUUAUCUAACUUCGUCACGUGAUCUAUCGUUUAAUCUCUUGAACCUCCUUCCGUCGGCUGAGCUAAACUGUGUCACGUGACAUGGCGCAUCUGUGCCGGGAGUUCAACAAUUUCUGGUUCCUGGACAAUUUACGAAGCAGUAAAAAACGGACUUAUCAUUUACAUCAUGUACUUAUAAUUUACACCAUAUAAUCAUUUACAUCAUGUACCCAUCAUUUACAUCAUGUACUUAUCAUUUACAUCAUGUACCCAUCAUGUACCCAUCAUGUACAUCAUGUACUCAUCAUUUGCAUCAUGUAACCAUCAUGUACAUCAUGUAUUUAUCAUUUGCAUCAUGUACCCAUCAUAUACAUCAUGUACUCAUCAUUUGCAUCAUGUAACCAUCAUGUACAUCAUGUAUUUAUCAUUUGCAUCAUGUACUCAUCAUUUGCAUCAUGUGUCCAUCAUGUACAUGAUGUAUUUAUCAUUAUCAUCAUGUACCCAUCAUGUACAUCAUGUAUUUAUCAUUAUCAUCAUGUACCCAUCAUGUACCCAUCAUGUACAUCAUGUAUUUAUCAUUAUCAUCAUGUACCCAUCAUUUGCAUCACGUUUUAAAACGUUGCAUUCACAUUUACAAUUACAGUAGUUGUCCUAUAUAAGUAGUGUUCACAUUUACUGAGUCAGUAGUAAUCAUCCAGCAAGGAUACGUGUAGCUAUUCCGUUCAGACGUACACAUUGAUGAAACACAACAUUUGUAGCUAUUCCGUUCAGACAUACACAAUGAUUAAACACAACAUGUAUAGCUAUUCCGUUCAGACAUGCACAAUGAUUAAACACAACAUUUGUAGCUAUUCCGUUUGGUAGGGAUGUUAAUCUUAUAUUAUCUAACUGGCUUUUUUUUUUUCAUUCAUGUGCUGGAUUUUCUUUAAGCUUUCUUUCUUGUUGAUUGUGUCGGAUGUGCUUGAGAGAUCCAUGCUUACCUCCGCUUAGUCAAGGGUCAUUUUAAACACCCCCUUUCCCCCCGGCCCGUAACAAAAAUUCUUAAGGCUCUGAGAGCUAAAAUACUCUCCACGGCCUAAUAAUAUUGCACGACGUUAUAAUCUUUGGUCAAUUUUAAAAUGAAAUAUAAGAACAAGGUAAGUUGAAGCUUGAAUCAAAAGACAGGAAAAUAAGAUGGCUUAGAGCAGCGGUUCUCAACCUGUGGGUCGCGACCAACUUUGGGGGUCGAACGACAUUCACACAAGGGUUGCCUAAGACCAUCGGAAAACGCAUAUUUAUGAAGUUAAAGUGAAAAUAAUUUUAUGUUUGUGGGGUCGCCACAACAUUAGGAACGGCAUUAAGGUGUCGCGGCAUCCAGUGGCUUAGAUCUUUCUCCAGUUCACGUCAUAUUGUCCUGUCUUUUCAUACAAGCUUCAAUAAACCUUGUUCUGCUAGUUCAUUAACGCGGCUUGAAUGCAAGUCCUUCAAUUGUUAAAUUUUAAAAAACCUCCAAUGAUUUGUACUAUUAAAAUUAUGAAAUUUUAUGUUGAAAAAUUGGAAACAAUAAGGUGUGUGCCACCACGCGAAAUUUAGAAUGUAUCAAUUUCUCUCCGUGUUGGUGUUUGCACCUGAGCUUGGACCCGAACCACUAUAAGGGUAUUUAAGAUGUUAUAUUUCCUCUCUUUUUAAAAAAAAAAUCUUUCCGUGGUCCGUUGUAAAGGAGGCCAUGAAUACGUCCCCCGGUGACCCAAACUCCAUCACCACUACACGACCAUCAAGUGAGAGUCUUACCAUAGCAGGCAGUAAAUAUUUGCUUGAUCAAAGUCGGCUGGGGGCAUCUGUUUAACAACGGCGCAGGUCUGAUGAAAGACUGAUCGCUCGUACACAGCUUGCCUAUCUAGAUAGAGGUGAUUGUUUGGUUUUUACCAAAAUGGUUUUAUGAUGGGGCGGUAGAUUUCUGGAAAUUAAAAGGUGAAUGUUUUAUUGCUCUGAGUAACGCGGAAUGUUUUAUUGCUCUGAGUAACGUGGAAUGUUUCAUUGCUCUGAGUAACGUGGAAUGUUUUAUUGCUCUGAGUAACGUGGAAUGUUCUAUUGCUCUGAUUAACGUGGAAUGUUUUAUUGUUCCGAGUAACGUGGAAUGUUUUAUUGCUCCGAGUAACGUGGAAUGUUUUAUUGCUCCGAGUAACGUGGAAUGUUUUAUUGCUCUGAGUAACGUGGAAUGUUUUAUUGCUCUGAGUAACGUGGAAUGUUUUAUUGCUCUGAGUAACGUGGAAUGUUUUAUUGCUCUGAGUAACGUGGAAUGUUUUAUAGCUCUGAGUAACGUGGAAUGUUUUAUUGCUCUGAGUAACGUGGAAUGUUUUAUUGCUCUGAGUAACGUGGAAUGUUUUAUUGCUCUGAGUAACGUGGAAUGGUUUAUUGCUCUGAGUAACGUGGAAUGUUUUAUUGUUCCGAGUAACGUGGAAUGUUUUAUUGCUCCGAGUAACGUGGAAUGUUUUAUUGCUCCGAGUAACGUGGAAUGUUUUAUUGCUCUGAGUAACGUGGAAUGUUUUAUUUCUCUGAGUAACGUGGAAUUUUUUAUUGCUCUGAGUAACGUGCAAUGUUUUAUUGCUCCGAGUAACGUUGAAUGUUUUAUUGCUCUGAUUAACGUGGAAUGCUUUAUUGCUCCGAGUAACGUGGAAUGUUUUAUUGCUCCGAGUAAGGUGGAAUGUUUUAUUGCGUCGAGUAACGUGGAAUGUUUUAUUGCUCCGAGUAACGUGGAAUGUUUUAUUGCUCUGAAUAACGUGGAAUGCUUUAUUGCUCCGAGUAACGUGGAAUGGUUCAUUGCUCUGAGUAACGUGGAAUGGUUUAUUGGGAGUGUUCAUUGGAUAAUCCUUAAUUAAAUAUUGGAUAUAAUUACCGGUGCAUUUUUUUUAAAAAAUAAAUCGCACGUAAUUGAUACAAAUGGGUUUUAUAUGCAAUUAUAUGAGCUGGGUUGCUUAAAAGGUAUAAUAGUUUUAAUCACUUACUAGAAUCAGCAUCAAUACAAUUAACAACAUGAAUUCGUUGUAUUGUGUUAUUGUAUUUUAUUUCAAUAUUUCUUCAUGAGUUUUUACAAAAAAUGUUUCAGAAUAGCCAUUCUUUUUAUAAAGUGUAUGUUUAAAGGGAUCAAAUAAUUUAGUUUUUUUUUUUCUUUUUUUUUUUAAAUUAAAUAUAUAUUAUCCAACUUAUUGUUGUGAGUUGUUGGUUUUCAAAUCGUCCUUUGAUAAUGAUGUAGGAUCGUCUCGCGACUUUAUGAUUCAAACAUUUAGCGUGCCAGGUUGGAGAUUAUUGUCUUCACUUUUGUCUGGUAACUCUAGUCUAAGACUCGGAUUUGAGCCGUGAUAAUCCACCUCUGAGGAUCGCUUUAGUUACCAUAUUUUUUAUCAUUACAUAAAUCUUACAUUUUUGUAUACACCGCUGAAUCCACUAUAUGACACCGUCAUCUUCAGUUACUUUCUCAUUUUUUUCUCAACGUUCAGCAUAGCACCCGUGUAAUGUCAUCUUUAGGAUAUCAUGGGAUGACUUCAGCAGAUGGUGUUUGAUGACAUUAACAAAAAUAACAUAUGGUAAGCUGAUUUCGCCAGGGGAGAAAAUCUGGAGACUUUUCAGAGCUGUUCCCCCCAAGGGACUAAACUGUACUUAGGACCUAUGAGCCCCCCCUCCCCCCCCCCCACUUUUCCGUGCUCCGAUGAAAUCAUCGUGUGUGUGUGUUACAACAAAAAAAUUUAACCAGGUGUGGCCAAAACACGGGCCACAUGAGGCCCACCACGUCACAUAGUGCGGCCCGCGAAUGCCUGUUUUAUCACAAAUCAACUUAUUCGUUGGUCAUUCUAUGGACAAAGACAGUGAUGGUAACAAGAUCAGCGAGAUGAAAGAUUGAAUGACGUCACAUGAGUUGAGUUAUGCUCUGCGUUGUGAUCUAACAGGUCACCGUGUGCAUUAAGAAUUGAUCAACAAUUCUCUACUGGAUGUUGAUUUUAAUAGAAAUGGUCAUAGCAUGCGGCCCGCAAACGGUUUACUAGCUAUCACAGUGGCCCGCGAAGUCUUUUGGGGGGUGGGCAGCCCCCGUUUUAAGCAACGAUUUUAACUUAAGACAAGAUUGCAACGAUCGAGAAGUGUGGGUAGUCCAUUACCAUUAUUACAGAUUUAGUCCAUUACCAUUAUUACAGAUUUAGUCCAUUACCAUUAGUACAGAUUUAGUCCAUUACCAUUAUUACAGAUUUAGUCCAUUACCAUUAUUACAGAUUUAGUCCAUUACCAUUAGUACAGAUUUAGUCCAUUACCAUUAGUACAGAUUUAGUCCAUUACCAUUAUUACAGAUUUAGUCCAUUACCAUUAUUACAGAUUUAGUCCAUAACCAUUAUUACAGAUUUAGUCCAUUACCAUUAUUACAGAUUUAGUCCAUUACCAUUAUUACAGAUUUAGUCCAUUACCAUUAUUACAGAUUUAGUCCAUUACCAUUAUUACAAAUUUAGUCCAUUACCAUUAUUACAGAUUUAGUCCAUUACCAUUAUUACAGAUUUAGUCCAUUACCAUUAUUACAGAUUUAGUCCAUUACCAUUAUUACAGAUUUAGUCCAUUACCAUUAUUACAGAUUUAGUCCAUUACCAUUAGUACAGAUUUAGUCAAUUACCAUUAUUACAGAUUUAGUCCAUUACCAUUAGUACAGAUUUAGUCCAUUACCAUUAUUACAGAUUUAGUCCAUUACCAUUAUUACAGAUUUAGUCCAUUAACAUUAGUACAGAUUUAGUCCAUUACCAUUAGUACAGAUUUAGUCAAUUACCAUUAGUACAGAUUUAGUCAAUUACCAUUAGUACAAAUUUAGUCAAUUACCAUUAGUACAAAUUUAGUCCAUUACCAUUAGUACACAUUUAGUCCAUUACCAUUAGUACACAUUUAGUCCAUUACCAUUAGUACACAUUUAGUCCAUUACCAUUAGUACACAUUUAGUCCAUUACCAUUAGUACACAUUUAGUCUAUUUUUGUUAGUUCUAAAGGCAGUGAAACCAUUUUUUUUGGGUUCACUUCUGAAGGCAGUGGGACAUUUGCACGGACACAAGGCUUUAUUGUCCUCUCAAUAAUGUCAUGGUUACUCUUCUGAGCACCCCACUUUUCAUUUUAUUUCAAUUCCAAUAAUACCCCUCCUCGAAAUGUGAACUCUGAUGCAGAAAUGGUCAUUGGCCGCACAAUGGUUAUAGAAUUGCUUGUAUUAUGAGAACCGCUGUAUCAGUUGUAUAUCAUAUGUUGGCCGCUGUUGUUAAUGAAGCUGCCCGUGGGGAGUGCGUGCUGAACUGGGCGUGAGUUGCUUUAGGUCAGUGGUUCCCAAAUGUUCAAGUUCAGCUGACCGGUGGAUCAGUUUCCCUUUGACACCAGGUACCGGUGAAAGAUUAAGUUGUUUUUUUUUUAUUUGAACCUGAAAUAUCAUUCAAUUAUUUGUUUUGAUCCAUGAUCAGCCCUGAUCAGCCAUGAUCAGCCCUAGCUGAUCAAUAAAAGAUAAUAACUGAUGGACUGCGCUGUUGUGUCAAUAAACAAUGAGAACAAGGUCUGCUAAACUUGAAUUCUUAAAAAGGGCAAAAGACUUUCACGUUUCGGCUUAGCGCCGUGAUCAACCCUGUCACCUACAACCAUUUCAUGAUGUCCGAUCAGCCCUUGCCGAUCAAUCCUGUCAACUAUAACCAUUUCAUGCUGUCCGAUCAGCCCUUGCCGGUCAACCCUGUCACCUACAACCAUUUCAUGAUGUCCGAUCAGCCCUUGCCGAUCAACCCUGUCAACUAUAACCAUUUCAUGCUGUCCGAUCAGCCCUUGCCGAUCAAUCCUGUCCACUACCAACAUUUUUAAUGAUGUCCGUUUUUAGCUACGGCUGUUAAACUGUAAUGAACUUUGAUCAUAUUCCCUGUCUCAUUUUGUGCGGACCGCAAACGUAAGGCUCGCGCCCUGGGGGCCUGUCCGCGGACCACCGCUUUUGGGGAAACACUGGCUUGGAUGACGAGGCGCCCUGGUUCUGAUUGGUCCUGACAGGCCCGUCAUUUCGGCCUCGUGUUCCGACGGCAUUUCUCACACCUGUUCGAGGGUGAAAGUGAAUCUCUAGAAAAGCUCACUCUCUCCUGGUGAUUAUAAGUGCUAAAAGAAAGAUGCUGCAUUUUAUAAGAGCGGUUCUCUCCCUCUGUGUGUGCACAAUAGACAUCGGAUGUGCACAAUAGACAUUGAGUGUGCGCAUUAGACAUCGGGUCGUCGUUAGCCAGGGAAUGCGGUGCACAUUAGACAUGGGGCUUGCACUAUGGCUACAGCGCCGUGGUUAGACUAGGAAUGUGGUAACAAUAGAUACAGCGCCGUGGUUAGAUUGGGAAUGUGGUCAUAAUUGCCAAGAUGGCCUUGCUAUCGUAAGAUGGUUUCGAUUAAUUUUAUUUUUUUUAAUUUGGCAAAAAGCCAUAAUUUUGUCAUUCCAAUCUUAAUUUUAUUUAUAUUCCUCAUAUGAUAAUAAACAGGGUUUGACUUCGUCUGAUGGAGCCUGAGUGAAAUUCAGCACAUACCUACAUACACAUAUUCUAUUAUCCCCACUGUAAUCUGAUUUACCAUGUCACCCUGACUCAUUAAUGGCGCCAUGUUUAAUCAACACCCACAUUGUCUUAAGUGUUGAUUCCACCUCGCGCCCCCUAUCUCCCCCCUAGAGCCCCCCUCUUCCUUCGCGCCCCCCUCUUCCCUCACGCCCCCCUCCCUCCACUCGCAGGUAAAGGGAAUAUCACCCUGGCCUGCAUGGUUCUGUCAGUACAGAAUCGUCCGUAGAGAUGCAUAUCAUAAUGUGCCGCACCUUUCAUACAAUUGAAUUCUGCAAUUACUGGAGGAUUUCUUGAGUGUACUCUGUUCAAGACUGGAAUAUUACUUGAGUGUAUUCUGUACAAGACUGGAAGAUUUCUUGAGUAUACUCUGUACAAGUCUGGAAGAUUUCUUGAGUGUAUUAUGUACAAGACUGGAAGGUUUCUUGAGUGUACUCUCUACAAUACUGGAAGAUUUCUUGAGUGUAAUCUGUACAAGUCUGGAAGAUUUCUUAAGUGUACUAUGUACAAGUCUGGAAGAUUUCUUGAGUGUACUCUGUACAAGUCUGGAAUAAAUAUGUUCAUUGCUUGCCUAGUUUUUGUGUUGUUUCAGGUAAGGAGCCUCUUUGAUAUUUUUCAAGGUCCUCAAUGGUUUGCCAUGAGUGUUUUAUAUUUUCUAAGACGUACAUCACAAAACUAAUGAUCUAUGGCACAAAAGUUUCGCUGUCUUAACACUGCCUGCUGAUGCCGUGUGCCCUACAUUACUUGCCGUCUCAUUACAUGCUGUCUUAUUAUAUGCUGUCUUACUAUAUUUACUUCUCAUUUCAACAUUAUUUAUUUUCUCUGUAAACUGAAGUAUUGAAGGCGUUAGUAAAGUCGCAAGUUAAGCGCGCGCCUAACUAAUUUUAUGUUUAUUCCCACAAGACUGUAUUGAAUAGGGUGACAGAGGUAUUUGAUGAGUCGUAUCUUUACAAUUAUUUUCAAAACACCACGCACACAUGCACACACAUGCACAAACAUGCACACACAUGCACACACAUGCACACACACAUGCACACACACGAGGUGGUGGAGCAAUCCGUCCUGUGAGAAGUGAUUAAGAUUUCUAAAAGUCCCCUGUGCUGAGAGCUUUAGUGCCGAAAUGUUCGUCUCUACUGUGUCUAGAGUAAAUCUUUACUUCAUCACGCUUACAUUUAUGUUACUUUUUUAUUUGCUUAAAGGUUAAUCUUUACAUCUGCCAGCGUAGUUGAACGUCUAAGUACUUUAUCAUGGAGAUUUUAAUUGAGAACCACUGAGAAGGAAACUAUAAAGCUGUAUUGAAUUAUUGGCGAUAUAGAAUGAAUGUAAUUAUUUGUCUACUCUUGUCUCUUACACACCAUGGCGUCACAAGACUUGAUGACUUGACAAAUAGCUUUAUUUAAAAUGUGUUCGCGUCAGUUGCCAAUGACUCUGUGUGUGAAUUACCAGUUUGACCAACGACUCUCUGGGUGAAUGGUCAGUGACUCUAGGUGAUAUUUACCAUUGACUCUAGGUGAUAUUUACCACUGACUCUAUAUAGGGAUGCGUUACCAUGCAAUGACUCUAGGGGUGUUUUAACAGUUGCCGCUACCUCUAGCAUAUAUUAAUGAUACCCCAAAUACGAAUGGAAGGGGGGCAAAAGGUGUACACAUUUGAUGUCGUGACGAUCGAUUAACUAUUAAUGAAUUCAAUAUUUAUCUACCCUAUUUAUACUUCCAGAUCCCUGCCAUGGCCAAGAAACAGGUCAACCAAAGUGCCAGUCCGAAGAAACAAAGGAACAGACCCAAAAAACGAACUACUCCAUCAACAGGAUCCGUCACAGAUUACGUUCUAAACGUCAUUCCUGUCCAUCUCCACUCACUGACCAUAGCACAGGCCACGGCUCUUGUCGUGGGGCUGACACUAUCCACCUUGAUACUAUUUAAAGAGGUCCGCUACUUGGACAGGGAGGCUAGUCAGGAGGAGCGAUUCGGGGGCUGGAGACCGGCCAGUGACGACAUCCUGCAGAAAUACGGCUCGGAUGUAUGCUCGGUUGAGAGGGUCUCCGUCCACGACCUUUCACCCGAGAGAUUCGAGGAGGAGUUCCGGUUCAAGAAAUCCGUCCUUGUGACUUUUCCGAAAGGGAGCGCAGGUUGGACCGACCCGUACCAGUGGUCAAGGCAGGGUCUGGUCGAUGCCUACAGCAGCUGGGCCAUACAUUCUGGCCAGUCGCUGGAGAUUGUCAGAGCCGGCGGCAACGCCAAACACAAAACGUCCUUUCUGGAUUUUGUUGAGAAGCUGCUGGACAACCCUAAAAAUGGAACACAGGAGCCUAUGUAAUGAAAUAACUAUAUUUAUAUAUGUAUAUUUAUAUUUACGGUACAUGUACGCAUACGUACUGUGAUAACUCGUGCUUUUGCGUUUCAGGAUUCACGGAUUCGCGAAAUUUUAAUUGGAACCUAAUUAAUGUGCAUUCGCGAUUUUUUUUUUUUCCCCCACAGAUUUGCAAAAUCCCCAACCAAAAAAAAGCGUGCAAAGUUUUUUGUUUAAAUUUGAUGUUUUUAAGCGUUUAAGAGUUACGUUGGUACAAAAAAUGUUUGACUAAGGUUAAUGAUAAUUCUAAUGUUUAUUUUUGUUAUUAUUGCUUUGUGUGUGUGUGGGGGGGGGGGGGUUACAUUUAUAUACAUAUAGAAAAAAUCAGUUUAAAAAGUCCUUCGAAAAAACCCGGCUUGCCGUAUGGAAAAGUUACUUAUUAUUUAAAGUACGGUACUGAAUUAAAUUUGAUUUUUUUAAGUGUUUUAGAAUUACGUUUGUAUAAAUAAUGUUUGACUAAGGUUUAUGAUAAUUCUAAUGUUUAUUUUUGUUAUUAUUGCUUUGUGUGUGUGUGGGGGGGGGGUUACAUUUAUAUACAUAUAGAAAAAAUCAGUUUAAAAAGUCCUUCGAAAAAACCCGGCUUGCCGUAUGGAAAAGUUACUUAUUAUGUAAAGUACGGUACUGAUGCGGAUACCCGUUGUCAAAGUUUAUUCCCCUUUGUAACACUAGUGGUUACUUAAUUACUGCAAAUUACCGGGAGAUCAUUUACUAUUUUGUAACAGUAAAUGUUAGCGUAAAUUCAACACAAAGUAUUACAUUCUCCGCCAUAGUGUUUCUUAGAGAAUGGAUACUUUGUCGGGUAUGGGUGAUGUUAGCUAACUUAUAAAAUGAAUUCAAGCGCUGGGGUUCCCUAUUUGGGGAUGAACUCUAGCAAUAAAAAUUUAUUUGCAUUUUUAUUGACUCGUAACAAACAUUUACGAUUCCACCUGACCUGCCAUGGGUUCUGGAACCUAACCUCGCGAAUGUUCGAGGUAUAUUACUGUAUAUAUAUAUUAUAUAUAUAUACAUAUAUAUAUAUACAUAUUUUCUCUAUCAACACACCUAACCUAUCUAUUACCUGCGAUAUCUAGGUCCCGACAUAACCUGUAUAUCACGUGACCUGACCUGUCUAUUGCUAUACUUCUCUUAACAUUGGCUAUUUAAACAUCGGGACACAGAAUCCAUUAUCAGACCUAUGAAGGGAUGAAUCAUCAUUAACUGUCCCAUCAUUUGAACUAAAUAUUUAGUCGGCCCUCUUCAGAAGGCACCUGUGACUACGAGUAAUAUUGCACUGUGCACCGAGAGUAAUCGUUGCAUUUUGCACUGAGAGAAAGUUUUGCACUUUGCACUGAGAGAAAUUGUUGCACAUUGCAUUGAGAGGAAUGGUUGCACUGAUAAAUGGGUGUUUGUUCCUAUUCCCCUUGGUGUCGUGAUUUGAUGUAGAUCUCCCACGAUCUGAUUCGCCUUUCAUUCCUACAGGAACUAUGGCUUUGAUCGUCAUUUCUACUGGGAGACCAAACUACCCGAAACACUGCGUUUACCUAAAUAUUUCCAAGUCAAUGUAAGUGUUUUCAUAUAAUCCCUCAAUUUUUAUAUAAAUAUGAUAAAUUGUUUCAUAAGUUUAUGAUUUGUAUUUAUUUCUUUGUUAUAGUUUUUUUGUUAACAUUAUUUUUCCCAAGUUCCAUAGUUCCAGAAAACUGAAAAGGUCAAGUUCCUAUUUUCCUGCUAACUAUUCACCGUUAUAUUAUGAUUCACAACGUUGCUCGUAUAUAUUACAUUGAGAUAUCAUCACAUUUAGACUUGAGUGCCACUCACUGUCAAUAACAAAACAGAAGACACCAGCGCCCCACCCCACCAGAGCCCCACCCCACCAGCGCCGCGCCCCACCCCACCAGCGCCCCACCUUACCAGCGUCCCACCCCAGCAGCGCCCCAACCUACAGCGCCCCACCCUACCAGUGACUCACCCACAAGCGCCCCACCCCACCAGCGCUCCACCCCACCAGGGCCCUAUCCUACCAGCGCCCUACCCCAAACACCCAAAUUAAUUUUUUUUGUUGUUGUUAUUUUAAACCAGGUAAUUAUUUUAUCUCAGUCCAAAGCUAGUUCUGUCAUUUGGCCAGUUAAUGACAUGGACUAAAAUGUCAAAUUGUAUUCGUGAUCUAAGAAUGGGUGUUAAGUGUCAGCAGCAGACAAACUGUAAUGGCCACAGAGCCACACAAGAAUGUAAUAAUUUAGAUUACUCUGGCUGCAAAUCAAAAUGUGUACUCCAGGAUGGAAUCUUGAAUUAUGUAAGACUCAAAUAAUGUAAGACUCAAAUAAUGUAAGACUCAAAUUAUGUAGAGUCAAAUAAGGUAAGAUUCGCUCACUAUACGACAGACUUACUCACUCUAAGACAGACUCACUCACGAUACGACAGACUCACUCACUGUAUGAUAGACGCCCAUAACAGGACAGACUCACUCACUAUUCGUAGACUCUCAUAAAACGACAGACUCAGACACUAUUCGUAGACUCUCAUAAUACAACAGACUCAGUCACUAUACGACAGACUCACUCACUAUUAUACGAUAGACUCUCAUAAUAGGACAAACUCAAACAUGGCGUAGGAGAGUGGACUGCGAACACUUUAAACGCAGCGUUUUCGGUCGACCGGACGUCCCCACGGACCGGGGGGGGGGGGCUCCGGUGGCGGGGAGACCUGGCGGCUGGCCCGUGUGGGGGCGUGCCGGGGGGGGGGGUUAUUAAGAGCUCUCGCUCGACGACCCACUGACGCCAUUUCCCAACGUGACGUAUUUCCUGGCGUAUGAACGGGGUGCGAAGAGGGCGGUCCGCCCCGGGCGCUAUUUAAUUAUUUCAACAGUGGGUUGGUCUUGUCGACCAACUGCAGAGGUGUUGUUGUUGUUUGUUCGGGGCUAGGAGCGGUAAAACCUUUGGCCCGCCCCGGGCGGCAUUAUCCCCGGUUGCAAGGUUGUCGACACUCAUUUCCCGGCUCCACAAAGAACAACAUGUGAUCAAAAGAGCUGGUUUAUUUUUUCCUCCUUAUUCCUUGCCUUUAUAUUUAAUUUAAAAAGUGGCAUUUUCGUUUUUUCAGUACAAAUUAAAUGUUAACAUAUUUAUUUAUUUUUUUUUUUUUUUUUGUCGAUUAUUUUAUAAAUACCUUAUUCCUUGCCUUUAUAUUUAAUUUAAAAAGUGGCAUUUUCGUUUUUUCAGUACAAAUUAAAUGUUAACAUAUUUAUUUAUUUUUUUUUUUUUUUUUGGCGAUCAUUUCAUAAAUACCUGACACUAAUUGAAAUUUUCCAGCCCCGCCAUUUGAAAGGAUUUUAAAGGAACGUUUGAACCCAAGUCUUACAGUACCGCACUAAUAUUUCACAGCAAGCUUUAAUAAUAAGCCCCAUUUCCAUCAAUCCGUGCUAUCUCCAUUAAUGCCAUCAGAAGCUGCUGUUAUCACUAAUCCAUUCACCCACGUUUUUCCUCUAAGAGAACAAAGGGGGAUCACUCAGGUGACCGCGUGCCAGAUUGCGAACUCCGCCAUGUUUUUCCCGGCUAGCUAUCGUGCUUCCCGUAAUAAACACUUCCAGAUUCAUCACACGACUUCCGAGGACGGGCUCCACUAUUGGGUUAUCUCCCUUCUUUGGCCUCGCCUUUUCAGCACGUGCCUGGCCAUUUGUAAACAAUUUUUGUUACACCGGGUAUCGAUUAGCGCUGCUUCCUUUAAAGUCGAUACCCACCUGAAGAGGCGCAGCUAGAUUGUUUGGCACCCGGGGGAAAGAUUCAUUUAAAAGCGCCCCCCCCCCUCCUUUUUUUUUUUCUUUUUUCAACUCUCAAACCCAUUAUUUUCAUUAAGAAAAUAAAAUCCAAGAACAAUUUGGCGCCCCUAACUAGUCUGGCGCCCAGGUACAUCCGCCCCCCCCUCUGCACCCUUAACUACGCCUCUGCCCACCGGUGUUGUUCAGAAUUCAGAUCUUAUUUGUUAAAAAUGAGAUGCUAAUGUUGAAACAUCUUAAUGAGGUCAAACAAACAAAUAAACAAAGGUCACUUAUAUUUAGGAUGCACAAUAAAAUUUAAUUUAUGGCCUAAUGGAAAAAAAAAUCCAAGGAAAUAAGCAAGACUUUAUUCAUCAUUGUUAUUAUUUGAAUGCUUCAGUUGACAUGGGCUCCUUGACCGACAAUUUCAAUUUGAUUUUAUUUCUAGAAUGCCAGUGAUGACAUGCAAUGGCCAUUUGAUUUAUUUCCAGAAUGUUACAGAGGACAGCAUCUUCUUCUUGGGGUCGUCCAUGACCGGCGUUGUCUUCCACAAGCACUCGGACACGUGGAACGGUGUCGUGUAUGGGCAGAAACGGUGGUUUCUUUAUCCCACUAACAAGUCGCCCCCAGGAGGUUAGCCCUAUGUGUGUAUAUAGUCUAUGUGUAUGUUUCGGUCUUUCUGUGUGUGUCUGUCUGUGUGUGUCUGUGGAAAUAUAGUUAUUUGAUCUGAGUAUUGUAAUGUGUUUGUAAUUCUUUGACGUGUUAGUGUAUCACUAAUGUAUCCAACGAGGAUCAUCCACUUUUAGUAUGAGAACCACUCUUGUUGUUCCUUGUUUUGUUUUUUUUUUUUAGGUUUGGCUAGCAACCGCAAUGUAUUUGUUCAAAAGCCCGUGAGUGAGAACCACUGUUUUUGAAAUUAAGUGGGUGUUUUUUGGGUGGGGGUGGGGGCGGUUCCCCACUAGGAUUUAAUUUAUAUUUUAAUGUGCGCCCUUGCUCAACACAUUUUUAGAGUUUACUUUCCUAGUUGUGAUCCAUUAUAAUCAUAGUCUUAUGGGACUAGACUUUUAGUAUGUCAUUCCUCAUGUACAUUUCUCAUGUUACAUGUGUUAUAGGUAAGUCUUUGGUUGUAUGUGUUGGUAUGGCAAGGCUCUGUAUGUGUUGGUAUGUCAAGACUCUGAUUGUAAAAAGUACUAGCUCAGACCUUUAGGUCAUUGGCAAAGGAGUAAAACAUAAGAAGUUGAUUUACGGAAAAAGAAAAGAGGGGGAGAAUGGUAAUGGUAUUAUGUCUUUAGAAUGGGAUAGAUGGCUAAAUGUCUUUAGAAUGGGAUAGAUGGCUAAAUGUCUUUUGAAUCGGAUAGAUGGCUAAAUGUCUUUAGAAUGGGAUAGAUGGCUAAAUGUCUUUUGAAUGGGAUAGAUGGCUAAAUGUCUUUUGAAUCGGAUAGAUGGCUAAAUGUCUUUUGAAUCGGAUAGAUGGCUAAAUGUCUUUAGAAUGGGACAGAUGGCUAAAUGUCUUUUGAAUCGGAUAGAUGGCUAAAUGUCUUUAGAAUAGGAUAGAUGGCUAAAUGUCUUUAGAAUGGGAUAGAUGGCUAAAUGUCUUUAGAAUGGGAUAGAUGGCUAAAUGUCUUUUGAAUCGGAUAGAUGGCUAAAUGUCUUUUGAAUCGGAUAGAUGGCUAAAUGUCUUUUUAAUCGGAUAGAUGGCUAAAUGUCUUUUGAAUCGGAUAGAUGGCUAAAUGUCUUUUGAAUCGGAUAGAUGGCUCAAUGUCUUUGAAUGGAAUAGAUGGCUAAAUGUCUUUUGAAUCGGAUAGAUGGCUAAAUGUCUUUUGAAUGGGAUAGAUGGCUAAAUGUCUUUUGAAUCGGAUAGAUGGCUAAAUGUCUUUUGAAUCGGAUAGAUGGCUAAAUGUCUUUUGAAUCGGAUAGAUGGCUAAAUGUCUUUUGAAUCAGAUAGAUGGCUAAAUGUCUUUUGAAUCGGAUAGAUGGCUAAAUGUCUUUUGAAUCGGAUAGAUGGCUAAAUGUCUUUUGAAUCGGAUAGAUGGCUAAAUGUCUUUUGAAUCGGAUAGAUGGCUAAAUGUCUUUUGAAUCUGAUAGAUGGCUAAAUGUCUUUUGAAUCGGAUAGAUGGCUAAAUGUCUUUUGAAUCGGAUAGAUGGCUAAAUGUCUUUUGAAUCGGAUAGAUGGCUAAAUGUCUUUGAAUCGGAUAGAUUGCUAAAUGUCUUUUGAAUCGGAUAGAUGGCUAAAUGUCUUUUGAAUGGGAUAGAUGGCUAAAUAUCUUUGAAUCGGAUAGAUGGCUAAAUAUCUUUGAAUCGGAUAGAUGGCUAAAUGUCUUUGAAUGGGAUAGAUGGCUAAAUAUCUUUGAAUGGGAUAGAUGGCUAAAUAUCUUUGAAUCGGAUAGAUGGCUAAAUAUCUUUGAAUGGGAUAGAUAGCUAAAUAUCUUUGAAUGGGAUAGAUGGCUAAAUAUAUUUGAAUCGGAUAGAUGGCUAAAUAUCUUUGAAUCGGAUAGAUGGCUAAAUGUCUUUGAAUGGGAUAGAUGGCUAAAUAUCUUUGAAUGGGAUAGAUGGCUAAUCCAUGAGAAAACUGUUGUACCAGUAUCCCAAUACCUAUCCAACCAAAGAUAUUUCAAUUGUGACAACUAACCUUAAAUAGCCCACUGAUGGAUAGGAGAGCUGUGACCGUGAAACAUAGCUACACCAGUUGGAAUGAAUGUUGGAGGAGUUGGAAUGAAUGUUGAAGGAGUUGGAAUGAAUGUUGGAGGAGUUGGAAUGAAUAUUGGAAUGAAUGUUGGAAUGCAUCUUGCAAUGCAUCUUGGAAUGCAUCUUGCAAUGCAUCUUGGAAUGCUUGGCCUUGGCUGAAACCUAGCAGCGAAACGAAUUUCAACACGUCUCUAUAGCUUAUCCCACAUUGGACAUUUACACAAUGUCCACUUAUUCACAAAAUAUAAAUGUACAAAUGUACACAAAGUCCAGUUUGACUACACGUGUCACAUUCAUGUAGAGUCAAAAUUCUCUUCACAGCCAACAAGACUUGCGACCCGACAUGAGCCAUUCUCAAAUGAAGAGGUCCAGACACAUGACACCCUCUCAGUCACAUGACACCCUCUCGGUCACAUGACACCAUCUAAGUCGAUUCGAGUAUUUUCUCAAAAUCCUUUAGUUAAAUGAGACCCUUAAAACUUACGACACCAAGGCCUAAAUGUAACCCAGUUUGUACCUGUGAAGUGCACACACUCUCAGUGCAUGAAGAGAUUCGGAUGAUGUUGAACAAUUCACUCAGCAUUGAUGUCACCAUUUGAAUCUAUUCAAGCACUUGCACAGUUUAGACUUUGUCAUCCUCAUGCUCACACAGUUUAGACUUUUUGUCAUCCUCAUGCUAACACAAUUUAGACUUUUUGUCAUCCUCAUGCUAACACACUUUAGACUUUUUGUCAUCCUCAUGCUCACACAAUUUAGACUUUUUGUCAUCCUCAUGCUCACACAAUUUAGACUUUUUGUCAUCCUCAUGCUCACACAAUUUAGACUUUUUGUCAUCCUCAUGCUCACACAAUUUAGACUUUUUGUCAUCCUCAUGCUCACACAAUUUAGACUUUUUGUCAUCCUCAUGCUCACACAAUUUAGACUUUUUGUCAUCCUCAUGCUCACACAAUUUAGACUUUUUGUCAUCUUCAUGCUCACACAAUUUAGACUUUUUGUCAUCCUCAUGCUAACACAAUUUAGACUUUUUGUCAUCCUCAUGCUCACACAAUUUAGACUUUUUGUCAUCCUCAUGCUAACACAAUUUAGACUUUUUGUCAUCCUCAUGCUCACACAAUUUAGACUUUUUGUCAUCCUCAUGCUCACACAAUUUAGACUUUUUGUCAUCCUCAUGCUCACACAAUUUAGACUUUUUGUCAUCCUCAUGCUCACACAAUUUAGACUUUUUGUCAUCUUCAUGCUCACACAAUUUAGACUUUUUGUCAUCCUCAUGCUCACACAAUUUAGACUUUUUGUCAUCCUCAUGCUCACACAGUUUAGACUUUUUGUCAUCCUCAUGCUCACACAAUUUAGCCUUCUUGCCACACUGACGCUUGCGUGCUGUAUUCGAUGAUCAUUCUUGCAAUUUAGUUUAAGGAAUUGAGAGAGUGUCUGCAAAGGUCAUGCACUAGUGUCCUGUGCACCAAUUAUUGUUCAGUGUCUCAUGCACCAAUUGUUCAUUGUCUCAUAAAUCAGUUGUUUAGUGUCUUGUGCACCGAUUGUUCAUUGUCUCUUGCACCAAUUGUUCGUGUCUCGUGCACCAGUUAUUCAGUGUCCUUUGCACCAAUUGUUCAGUUUCUUAUGCACCAAUUUUCAGUUGUUCAGUGUCGUGUGCACCAAUAGUUUAUUAUCUUGUGCACCAGUUGUUCAGUGUCUCCCGCACCAUUUGUUGAGUAUCUCGUGCACCAUUUGUUGAGUGUCUCGUGCACCAUUUGUUGAGUGUCUCGUGCACGUAUUGUGUUGACACACACCCUUUCAUCUACUGAAUGGCUUCAACAUCAGGACAGCCAAAAACUGAAGUUUACUACUAAUAGGCAGGGUGUGCCAAAAAAAGGGCGCCCACCAAGAUAUCGAAAAAAAAGUGUCGGAGCAGUAAAAAACGAACUAUGUUACAAUAUAUCAUUUAAUUCACUAUAAAGGUCAUAUCUAAAGACAAUUUUUGCGCCCAUUUGAUGUUGACCCCCCCCCCCCUUCUGAUUUUAUUGAAUGCGCCGACCCCCUUUUUUCACACGGUCUAUAUGUGUACACUAGAGAAAUAAUAACAAAUAUCCCUUCGAUUGCUUGAAGAUAGAAAACCAAGACAAGCAUUCCGAUAAAAUGUGAUUUCCGUCUACUAUGUUAAAAUAUUGUGGAGGAUUUAUGUAACAAAUUAUAUUUAAUGGAGAUGUUAUUUUAUUUACAUAUUUAUUCACCCUCCAAAUUUAAAAGAUAAAUUAACAAAAUAAAAUAAUUAACUAUCUCAUUGGAUACGAAUAGCAGGUCUGAUAACUCCCAUGUAGUGCUAGUAGAAACGGUAUGAUGCCGAGAACAGUUAAAUCCCUUUGUUUUUAGUUUUAUUGUAAUACCAUAAUUUGUCUUAAUAUACAAUAAGACCUCUGAACAUUCGUGCAGCAUUAAAUUUUAAAAUUUCGAGUCGAAUUAAAAUGAAACAUCUGACUCAACUAAUAUGAACUUAAUUAUUGAGAUCUUUAAGUCACACCUGUUGUACUUCCAAUUUCCAAUGCCCCCUGACACCAAAGGAAUGUUUGGCCUCUCUUAUUUUGUAGGUAUCCAUCAUGGCUACAGUUUGUUAGACUGGGUGAACAAUGUCUACCCAAAUUUACCCGAAGCUGAUAAACCCAUGGAAUGCGUCCAGGAAGCUGGCGAAAUACUUUAUUUGGUAAGUUUUGUUUACUUAUGCCUCUGAGCAGGGGCGUCAUUUCAGCUUUUUUUCAAAAAGAGGGGGGAGGGGGGACUUGGUCAGCUUGUUGUGUAUUACUGAAGGCCCCAGAUUACAUAGCAUUUAAAUAAAACCUGCAAAUUCCCCCCCCCCUCGGUCCUACACAAAUGAAGUCCCUGCCUUCUGGGAGGUUACUGUAAUCUUCUCAUUAUACAGGCCACUGAAUUUUUUUUCAAGACUGAACUCUCAAGGUCAGGUCAAAGUUCAUGCUAUGGUACACCUGCUCUUAUUACUUAUUAUAAAUUUUUUAAUACGUUCGAAUUGUUAUUAUUCUACUGUGGUUCCUAUGCACAUUUUUUCUUGUAUAUCUUAUCAACAAUUAAACCACAACAGUUUCCAAAAAAGCACAACCAUAUCUUAAAUGACUUUAGGAGUAGUGGCCCACUCUCCUAUUGCCUGUAAUACCUACUGACCCUUUACACUUAGAUUAAUUUAUGAUUUAUGCAAUUAAAUAUACAUAAACAUAAUGUAACUAGAGCAUAAUUCCUCUUUUAAAUAUGUAUUACAAUAUAUUUGUCUGUUAUACUUCCAUUAUUCUGUAAAUGAAAUUAUAAUUCAUAUUUGUUUAAAUUUUGAUCUUUUAAUCUUUCCCCAGCCUGAAGGCAUGUACCACGCUACGCUUAAUCUAGGGGACACAAUCGCUCUUGCUAUCCAGAAAAAGACAGCCACAUUACCUUCUGAAGUUUUAUCUUAUGAAGGUAUCCCACGUUUUAUGUGCUCUGGCUUCCAAUGCUAUCUAUUCAUUUUAUGCAUUGUAUGCAUAAACGUUCACAAACAUGACUAUGUAUUCAGAGGUGGAACCACUCAACAAAAAAUGUUUGGAAAGGGGAGGCACACUUAAAUUUUUAUUAAUAAUGUUUUUAUUGAACAAAUUUAAUGUUUAGAGUCUUUAUGUGAAGGCAGGUAUGGACACCCAAGCUGCCAACUUAAGAUAUGACUUCUAUUUAGGAAGUAUAAUCAAAGAACAAUCACCAUUCGGGGAAAAAAGUUUAUUUAUAUAUACAUAUCUAUUUUUUUAUUCACUGUGAUCUCAGAUAAUCUGAUUAAUUGAUUCUAUCAACAAUUUACAGGUUGUUCAUAAAUGUUAACAAAAUCACUUAUAAAUGUUGAAGAUUUAUAAUCUGUUGUAACAAACACAUAAAAACCAUUUAAAUACAAUUUAUUAGUGACUUAAAAAAUAAUGAGGAAUCUCCAUUUUAAAAUAUAUCAAGGGAACAGAUAAUGUCUGGGAUGAUAAGUUGAAUACUUUGCCAAUUUCUAGAGUGCUUUUUUUUUUCUUUUUUUUUUUUUACUUAACUAUUAAAAAUGUUUUUGAUGUUCCCUUUAUUUUCAAUUAAAUAAUUAAGAAAAAUUAAAUAUAAAUAUGUCAUAACAGAUAAUGUCUGGGAUGAUAAGUUGAAUACUUUGCCAAUUUCUAGAGUGCUUUUUUUUUUCUUUUUUUUUUUUACUUAACUAUUAAAAAUGUUUUUGAUGUUCCCUUUAUUUUCAAUUAAAUAAUUAAGAAAAAUUAAAUAUAAAUAUGUCAUGCAUAGUUUCUUUGAUGUUUUCUUUUCAUUUCAAAACUAUUGCUUAAUGUUCAACAUGUUGUUUUUUAUCAAUUUUUUAAAUUAUUAAUGUCCCUCAGCUACUUCAACAAUCAAUAUGUUGCAAGAUUCUCCAGAUAACGUACCCGUCGAUAAAUUUCAUCAAAGAUUGAAAGAAAUUUAUGAAAAGUGGCAUGAGUUGCUCCCAGGUAAAGUAACUUGAAAUGAAUGGUCUAGAGCAAGGAUUAGUUCAACUAAUGCCUUUAUUACUCAUUUGCCUAUAUUUUGUUUGUAGACUAAUUUUGGUACUAGAACAUAUUAAAUAGAUGCUUAGCACUUCAUUUAAAGGGAUACUUUUUUGUGUGUAGAAUUUUAUUUCACUUGCAUCUUCCAAAUAUAUAGAUUUUAUGUCUACCAACACCUUAAUAACGUUUACUUUAUUUGUAUGAACAUUUCAGUUUUUACUCGUUUUUUUCCUGAUGAUGGUCUGUGUGAUUUCAGAAAAUGCUGAGGCUGUAGAAAAACUUGGUGGGACUUUGUAUGACAUGGGUCAAUAUAAGGAAUCUUUACCAUUGCUGAUGAAAGCUAUAAAACUUGACCCAUAUUUUGUAUUGGCAUAUGUCCACAUGGCAAAAACAUUGUCUAAGGUUAGUUAUUGUUUGAUAAACAUCUUUAGAUUGUAAAAAAAAGUUCAUCAAAUAGUUUAUCCAUAAUUCCUUAAAAUAUUUUUUUCAUUUUAUUAUUUUAGCCUUAUUUUUUGGCCACUUUAAUGUAUCUCUCUUGUGUGUGGAUAUUGCAGCUGCGGGAAUACCAACGAGCUGAAGUGGUGUUUCAAAAAGCCAUGGAAGUGAAUCCUAAUCUGUGGGAUAUAUAUAAGGAGUAUGGAGAGUUUCUUCUCAAACAAGGGAGACCAGCAGAUGCACUCCCAAUUUAUAAAAAGGUACUUAAUUAACGAUUGUGAAUUGAUUGCUCAAGGAAUAUUUGCUUGCAGUGAAACAGCUGGCCAAGUAACAUGAUUUGAUGCUUUAUUGUUACAUUCAAAAUGACAUUUCUGAAAUAACACAUAAGGUGUGUGCAGAUGCUUCAUCUCAUUGUUUGAAUUUAAAGCACAUGUUGCUGCAUCUACUAAUUUAUCUUUCUCUAGUAACUAAUAAUUGAGACAUUGAAUUAUUGAACAAUUUAUUAGAGUUAAUGAACUUUAAACAAUACUUUGAGACUGAUUCCUUUUGACUUUUAGAGACCCCCUGUCACUUUUCAGAGUUUAGCCCCUUGCUAUUUUUAUGUUUUUUGCCCCCUGUCACUUUUCAGUCUUGUUUUGAUAGUUAAAUGGGUUUUUUUUUUUUUCAACAUCAUAACUUUAUUUGCUCGUAAAUAUCUGAGGACCCCUGCAGGCAAAGGGAUUGAUGUCCAACCUACAGUUAAAGGGGUUGAGGCCCCCUUCAGCCAAUGGGGUUUAGGCCCCCUGCAGCCAAAGGGGUUGAAGGUCCAAGUGAUGGCUUUUAAAUAUGUGAGGUGAGGACCCCUGCAGCCGAUGGGGUUGAUGUCCCCUACAGUCAAAGGGGUUGAGGCCCCCUGCAGCCAAAGGGUUGAAGCCCCCUUCAGCCAAAGGGGUUGAGGCCCCCUACGGCCGAAGGGGUUAAAGCCCCUGGCAGCCAAAGGGGUUGAGGCCCCCUACAGCCAAAGUGGUUAAAGCCCCAGCAGCCAAAGUGGUUAAAGCCCCCAGCAGCCAAAGGGGUUGAGGCCCCCUACAGCCAAAGGGGUUGAAGGUCCAAGUAACAGCUCUGAGGGGAUCCCACCAUAAAUAUCCUUUCAUGUCAAAAAAGAUUUUGCAAAAAAGUUAUAAAGGGAAAAGAUUAGGGUCUGCAAGUCUAAGGGACAAAUGAUUUAAAUUUUAUACACUAGAUUAAGUAUAAAGGUGUAUAUGAAAGUAUAUCAAUUGGAUAAGCAUUAGAGAAUACAGUAGCAUACGUUUUCAAGUCACAGGACAAAUGCAAGACAUGUAAGGUUCUACUAAAGGUCAAGGAGAGCGGGAAAGAUUUACCAAUAAUGAGAGAAAAAAUGGUUUUGAUACCUUUAUUUAUUCAUACUACUAUAUGUUUAUGUAAUCAUCACUUAGGUCUUAAGUUAGCUGUCAUAAAAUUGAUUAAGCUGUUGAAGCUGUUGAGGAGGAUGAAGCAAAGAAAUAUAUGGAUUAAUCAGGAUUAUUUUUGUGAAUUUAUUUCAGUCAUAGACUAUGAGUGUAAAAUUUGUGAAUCUUAUUUAGUCAUCAAGUUUCAGGGUAAAAUAUGUGAAUCUCAUUAAAUCAUUGAGUCCACUGUAACAUAUGUGAAUUACUUAAGUUAUGGAGUCCUUGGUAAAAUGUGUGCAUCUAUUUAAGUCAUGCAGUUUGAAGUUAAAAUAUGUGUAUCUAUUUUAAUCAUCAAGUUUCAAGGUAAAAGAUGUGAAUCUAAAUAAGUGAAAGCAAGCUAAUAAAAAUGGUUUAGACCACAAGAAUGGAGAUAAUUUAUGGUGGAAAGUAGUGAAAUUAAUGUGACAGUUGUAGACACAUGUAAGGAAGACAGUUGACAAAAGAAAUUAGUAAUGUUGUGACCUUGCCAGACUCCAGUCUUACAUUAUUCAAAGGUUAAAAAAAAAUUAUUAAUAAUGACUGCAGUGAAACCCGGUCAUUUCUCCUGUCAGGAAACUUGAAUUUUUUAUACUAAAAGAAUUGAGUUUUUAAAUACAAUGUUAGAUUAAAUUAUUUCUAAUCUAUGCAACUCAUGGGUAUAUUUUGCUUUGUUUUAAUUUUGAAAAGCUCAGUAGACACAGAUUGGAAAAAAAUAUGUUUCCUUUGUUUUGUUUGUUCUGUUGUUUUUUUUUUCCUUGUAUUUAUUUGUUUGUUUCAUUGGUCUCUUCCUGUAUUUUUUACUUGGCUUUGUUUAUGAAGGAAGUUUACAGUUACUGCUGUCUUUGUUAUUUAUUUUAUAAUUGCAAUUCUCAAGGUUAUGUUCCCCUUGCUGCUGUUUUUCUCAUGAAAAAAAAAAAAACUGUAAGAUUUUCCAUACAAUAAACUGAGCCAUAAGUUAUUAAUAUCAAUUAUAAAAUUCAAUAAAUAAUGGUGAAAAUAUUUGUAAAAAGUAACUUACUUUUUAAUUAUUUCAAAUAUGAAAAAGGUGAAACUUAAAGGAAAAAAAUCUAAGACCUGUGAGAUCCUUUUCUGUAUCCCUUAAUGAUCACAGUCAUUCCCAGGCUGAAACAUAAACUAAACUUUAUCCAUUAAUUCAUAAGUUACAUGAGUGAUCUUUUAAAGAAGUAGAUUUGAAGUUGCAUUAGCUCUUCUUAAGUGUAGGAUUGUAAUAUUAUAAACAAUUCUAUUUCCAUUCUGUAGGGCACUGAACUGAUGCCAGAUUUAAUGCCUUUCUGGCAAUAUUACAAAUAUUGCCAGCAGCAAGUUGGUGACCUAGAAGGAGCUGAGGAAACAGAAAGAGCUAUUGUUGAUUUGCAAGCAAAGAAAGAUCUCAACAAUUCCUAACAUCAGGCACAAGAAAGACUGGGGCAUGUAGACAAUGUUAGUUAAGGAAAUAUCAGCAAAACAGCAAGGUGGCUGAGGUAACAACAGCAGGAAUGGUGGUUAAUUAUCUGAGCUAACCAUUCAAUAUUUAUUUUUGAAAAAUUCUUGAAACUCUUAAACUCAUCGUCCUCUGCUUAACUGUGUUGGAGUCAAGUAUAGCCUAACUUUAGCUAAUACAUUGAACGGGUUUCUCUAAGAAAAUUUAAUAUCUACUUAAUAAAGAUAACUGAGCUGUCAUUCUUGAAGUUAUGUUGAAAAUAAUUGUGUCUGAGAUUAAUUGUUGACUGUUAGGAAAUGUAUUUGUUUAAAAAAAAAAAGUUUAUACAUGAAAAAUGUCUUCCACAAAAGUAAUUUUAGCCCUCUUGAAAAGGUAUUAAGGUAUUAAAAAUUGAUUUGUUGUUUUGUUAUUAAUGAGUGACACUUGCACAGCUUUUAAACUAAGAAAAUGAAGUUACCAGGUGAUGAACAAUUGUCAUAAAAAUUUUAAAUCAAAAUAUGUAUUUUUCUCUCCUUUCAUCUUCUUUAUUUAUGUACAUCCUAAAGGUAACAUUGCUAAAAUUGACAUGGUCAUGUAAUAGGCCGACUUAUCAAAGGUCAUUUCUUGAAUUGGGUAGAUGCUGCAAGUAUGAUGAAUAACUAAUGUUAGUAAUUUUUUGUAAAUGCUAUAUCAUAGUUUAUUUAUUAUGUUGGUAUAUAAUUUUUAAAAAUAAAUAAGGUAUGGUUUCAAUUUUAUUAAUUUUAAAAUAAAUUGAUAUCACAUGCAUUCUAUUACGAUUCUAUAUAAAAAUUUAAAGACAUCUUUUACAACAUUAUUAUUUAAUUAAAAGAAUUAAUAUGAUUACUAAAAGAAUUACUGUAACCAAUUAAAAACAUCUGUAGUUCAGGGGGGUUUUUUGGUCUAGAAUUUGAGUAGAGAGUAAUGUACACUUACAUUCAUCUAAUUUUUUUUUUAUCCUCAACAAUUGAUCUCAUUUACUUACACUUGUCGCUCUUUUUUAACCAAAUGUUAUUUUUUAUAAAAUGUUACAUUCCGCAGUUCUCAUUAUUUCUUUCUGAACAUUUUAUGUUUCUUUUUUACACUAUUUUCACAUCUAUUUUUUUAUUUGAAGUCUCUGAAGCUGAACAUGUCUAAUACUGAACUAGGCCCAUUAUUGUUGUAAAUGGGGGUGUUUGAUUUUAUUUAUUUUUUAGUGCUUAAGCUAUUUCAUGAUAUUGUUCAAGGUAAAUUUCAAAUAAAGGCCUAUUUAUAAAUAGAUUACACCUUUUGGUCAUCUUUACCAACCAUCAAUAAAAAAAGGCUGCGGCUAUUCGGAAGUUAGAGUUUUGGUUUAGUAAAAAAUAUUAAAAAAUUAUUUUAGGGUUUUUAAGACAAAAUUCGGUAUCAAAUGAAAGAUAAUCGAAUGCACUAUAUGUUUGUAAACUUACUUCUUAAGUUUAACUAAAAUAAACUACCACAAAUGAUAUCCAAAUAGCAUUUAGUCAAAAUUGAACCGAAAUGCAUCUCCGCUAUUCGGACCCGGGUCUCUUUAGACUCAAUGCUAUUCGGAUGUCAUUUGUGGUAGUUUAUUUUAGUUAAACUGAAGAAUUAAGUUUUUAAACAUAUAGUCCAUUCAAUUAUCUUUCAUUUGAUACCAAAUUUCAUCUUACAACUGAACAAUAAUAUAUUUUUUAAAAUUUUAAUCCCAACCUCUAACUUCUUGGACCCGGGUCUCAAUAGCCACUUCGUUUAAAAAAAUUUUUCCUAUGACUUAAAUUUCAAAUAGUUGCAAUAUUUUUAAAGUCCAUGUAUCAAAAUGGUUUUAUUUUAUUUGUGAUGAGCAGCAAUUUAUAUCUUAAUUUUUUUAAAUUAAAAAAUUGUUGCCAAUUUUUAUUUAAUGACCAUUCAAUUCAAAUUAUUUGAAAACAUUUUUUUAGUUAUACAAGUAAAGUACUUAGCCUUAAAUUCAAGGUCAAACAUAAUUUAAAAUAUUUUAAUAUUAUUUAUAUUCUGUGAAGAAGAAAAAAAUUAAAAGUAUGUAAAAAAAAUACUAGAUAUGAGGAUGGGUUAAAUGUUGUGACCAUUCCUCAGAUGCUAUGGUUGUGAAUCAAAGGCUAGAAACCAAAUGAUGAAUUUGUGAUGAAAAUUGAUUUUUUUUUUUUAAACUGUUGUGAAGUCCAUUCCAAUUUCCAUAUUUAAUGAUAUUUUUUUAUAUCCAUAUAAUAUGUACUUAAAUUAAGAGUCAUCAUUAACAAUUUUUUAGACAUGAUGAACACAAACAUUGUUAAAUAGAUCUGAGCUGUCUUUUUGAUAUAUUUAAUUUCAAAUAAUUUUUUAAUAAUUUUAACACCCAAAAUUCAUUUUAAAGUGUUUCAACUUUUUAAGACACUGGAAAAAAUCAUAUUUUUUUCUUUACCUAUCCAUAAAUUUAAUUUAUAAAGUCUACUCCAUAAUCCAUGUUAUAAUUGUUACAAGUUGAUUACAAUGGUUCAACUAAAUUUUAGUGUACCAUAUGUAUGUACCGAUACCACAAAUGUAACAUCUACCACAGAUCAGAAAAGAAAUGUUAAAGUCUUCCGUCUGUGCAGCUUUUAGUCUAAGCAAUAGAUCUCUCUAAAAUUAAAGUGGUACAAUAUUUAAAAU